GGAGAGGCGGGGUUACAGCUGGGAAAUACACUGAACUUAUAAAGGGCACACCAGCGUAGCAGCAGGGAGAGGGAAAAAAAAAAAAAAAAACUCAGAGGGUUGGGUAGACAUCCAAUACUAUUAUCACACUCAGUGCCUGGGCUGCCGCAGACACUAUUACAUAGGGGGUAGAGUAGGGUGACAACAAGAAAACAAAGUCUACAGAGAGGACAUCCAGCUGUGUCACUGUGUCCAGAAGGGACCAUCCUUGCCUUCUGGCUGGAAGCUACAUAUUCCUACACUCCUGUAGAAUAGGCUGUACCUGCCACCUUAUACAUUUAUCAGCGGACAAGCUUACAUCAUAAGGACGCUCUAUGACCCCACUACUUUCCUGCCUUGACUAGUUCAGCUACUUGACAUUUGGUGAAUUUGUUAUCCCAGUAAGGGUACCGUCAUCGCAUACGAUCAGCAAUGAUGUCCUAUAAGUCUGUCAUCUUCUUGUGGGUCACUCUUGGAUUAACAAUGUCUGCCAAAAUUCUUGUUGUCCCGCCAAUUAUGUUUGAAAGCCAUUUAUAUAUAUUUAAAACUAUGGCCACUGCUUUAAAAGACAAGGGCCAUCAAACUGAUUUUUUUGUUUCUGAAGGAAGAGAAAUUCCACCAUCAAGUCAUUAUCAAUUUCAGCGAUACCCAGGGAUUUUUAACAGCACCACGUCAGAUGAAUUUUUACAGUCGAAAAUGAAGAAUAUAUUCUCUGGGAGAUUUACAGCGUUAGAACUGUUUGACAUUCUUGACCAUUACUCCAAGAACUGUGAUAUAGUGGUGGGUAACAGGGAACUAAUGGAACAUCUGAAGAAGGAAAAGUAUGACUUGGUACUUGUGGAUCCCAAUGAGAUGUGUGGAUUUGUCAUAGCCAAUAUUCUGGAAGUGAAGUAUGCAGUUUUUUCUACUGGACUUUGGUACCCAGCUGAAGUUGGUGCUCCAGCACCUUUAUCAUAUGUUCCAGAGUUCAACUCUCUCCUCACUGACCGUAUGGACCUACUGGAUAGAAUCAGGAAUACAGUUGUUUAUCUUGUCUCUCGAUUUGGAGUCAAUUUCUUAGUCUUACCAAAAUAUGAAAGGAUAAUGAAGAAAUAUAAUGUUUUGCCUUCAAAAUCCAUGUAUGAAUUGAUCCAGGGAAGCUGUUUGUGGAUGCUUUGUACUGAUGUUGCUCUGGAAUUCCCAAGACCUACACUUCCAAAUGUUGUAUAUGUGGGAGGAAUCCUUACCAAGCCUGCCAAUCCACUGCCACAGGAUCUUCAAAUCUGGGUGGAUGGUGUAGAUGAAAAUGGAUUUGUUCUAGUCUCUUUUGGAGCUGGGGUGAAAUAUUUGUCUGAGGAUAUAGCCCAAAAACUAGCAGGUGCACUGGCUAAGUUACAACAGAAAGUUAUUUGGAGGUUUUCUGGACCCAAGCCUAAGAAUCUAGGUAACAACACAAAGCUUGUAGAAUGGCUACCUCAAAAUGAUUUACUUGGACAUCCAAAAAUCAAGACAUUUCUCAGCCAUGGAGGACUGAAUGGUAUUUUUGAAGCUAUGUACCAUGGAGUGCCUGUAGUAGGAAUACCGUUGUUUGGGGACCAUUAUGAUACUAUGACCAGAAUACAGGCUAAGGGCAUGGGCAUUCUCCUGGAGUGGAAAAGAAUGACAGAGGCCAACCUGUAUAAAGCUCUUUCAGAUGUUAUUUAUAAUCACAGUUAUCAACAACAAGCCAUGAAGCUAUCUAACAUUCACAAAGAUCAGCCCGGCCAUCCUGUCAGUAGAGCCACUUACUGGAUUGACUACAUUCUUCGCCACAAUGGAGCCAAGCAUCUCCGUGCUACUACCUAUGACAUCCCUACUUAUCAGUACUUCUUGGUCGAUAUUGUAUUAGUCAUAAUUGUUGUUGCUAUUUUAGCCUGGUAUGCACUUUACAAAAUUGUAAAAUAUGUGCGAAGGAGCAGAAGUGCAGAACACAGCGCCACAAAUGGAGUCUGCCAUAAUGGUUUAGCAAAUGGCAGGCACAAAAAAAAUGGGCAUAUCAAGCAUAAGGAAAAAGUGAAAUGAACGAUGGUAUCCUAAUUUAUAGUUUUAAAGGAGCCACUGCACCAAUUCUAAGUUUCUCUUCAUAAUACUGGACUCUGCACUGCAUCAUAGAAUAUAUCAUCAUUAAAGGCCUGAGCAGUAAGGAACUUAUGUCCAUGCAUUAAAACCUUAAUUUAUUAUAA